CCUGUCAUCAGACUGAGUAUCAGAUUGAUAACGAAUGCUGUCCUCAGUGUCCUCCUGGAAGUAGAGUAAAGACAGAUUGUACAGAAUUCAGAAGUACUUCUUGUAUGCCGUGUGAAGAAGGAACUUAUUUGGACAGACCUAAUGGAAAAAAACACUGUCUUACAUGUACAAUCUGUGAUCCAGGUUCUGGUCUGAAGGUAAAGCAGAGAUGUUCUCCAACAUCAGACACAGUUUGUGAAGCUCUGGAAGGAUUUUUCUGUACAGAAUUCACAUCAGGCAGCUGUUCUUCAGCAAAUGAACACAGAACCUGUGAAUCAGGACAGUACAUCAGCAGAACAGGAAGYUCCUCCUCAGACGCUGAAUGUUCUGACUGCAGCAGUGGAACAUUUUCUGAUGGAUCAUCAACAUCCUGUCAGCCUCACACACAAUGUGAAACUCUGAAUCUUCAGCUGAUAAAAGCAGGAACAGCUUCAGCUGAUGCUGAAUGUGGAGAAAAAAGUUCAGCCUGGGUUAUAGGUGUUAUAGUUGCUAUUGUGUUUUUUGUGAUUUGUCUGAUUAUUUUAUGUGUUUGUUUAAAGAAAAAGGAAAAACCUGUACUACCAGGUUGUUUCAAUAGCAAACAAUGUACAAAUCAAGAUCAUCAAAUGGUUUCUAUGAACGAAGAAGAUUUGGACAAAAACCCAAGAGCUUCAAAGAAUUCAAAUAUCAAACCAGAGCCUUUAUUAGCAGGUUCAUCAGAAUGAAACAACAGAUGAGUGCAGGAGCAGGCUCUGGUCACUGCAGAGAACAUUUUCUUCUAAGUGCAGUUCCUGUUCAGACUUGUAGGAGAACAUUGUUUAUACAGUGUUCAGACUUCAGCAGCUCUAAAAAGACUUUACCUCCUCCUCACUGUUACACUCAUCACUCAUUAUAUUCACUGUGUGAAUCUGUGUUAAUAUGUUGUGUAUACUUCACCUGUAAUUUGCUUUAUAACGUGAUUGUGUGGUGUGAAAAAGUGUUUGCCCCCUUCCUGAUUUCCUGAUUUUUUGCACGUUUGUCACACUUAAAUGUUCCGGAACAUCAAACCAAUUGUGGUGAACCUUCCCAGGAGUGGCCAGCUGCCCAAAAUUACUGCAAGAGCUCAGUGACAACUCCUCCAAGAUGUCACAUAAGACCCUAGAACAACAUCCAAAGAACUGCAGGCUUCACUUGCCUCAGUUAAGGUCAGCGUUCAUGCCUCCACCAUCAGAAAGAGACUGGGCAAAAAUAACCUGCAUGGCAGAGUUCCAAGAAGAAAACCACUGCUGAGCAAAAAGAACAUUAAAGCUCGUCUCAGUUUUUCCAAAACGCAUCUUGAUGAUCCCCAAGACUUUUGGGGAAACAUUCUGUGGACCGAUGAGACAAAACAUGAACACUAUGGAAGGUGUGUGUCUCAGUACAUCUGGUGUAAAAGAAACACAGUAAAACAUGGUGGUGGUAGUGUGAUGGUCCGGUGCUGUUUUACUGCACCAGCACCUGGAAGACUUACUGUGAUAAAUGGAACUGUGAAUUCUGCUGUCUACCAAAA